UGGUCGCACUGCACAUGAUUCGACUGCAGGAGUUAUAAAAGCUAGAGUAAGAGCUUAUACAGCACGGGUUUUGGAGGAAGAGUGACAGAUCUAUAGUAAAUUACUACUGGGAUAAUUUUUCUCACUCAGAAAUGAGAUUGGUUCAGUUUGAAUUCAAGGAACGUAUGUCUGUUGGAGUGGAAUUGGUGGAUGGAGGUGAUCUUGUUGAUCUGCAUUCAGUGGACUCGUCUAUUCCAACAGACAUGAAAAACUUUCUAGAAUCAUUUGAAGACUCGAAAGCCAAGGCUCAAAGAAUUUUAGAAAGUGGCAAGGGUGUAAUUUCAAGAGCAGAGGUCAAACUUAAGGCACCGAUCUAUAACCCAGAAAAGGUUUUGUGUGGAGGCAUGAAUUAUGUUGAUCAUUGCCGUGAACAAAAUGCACCAAUUCCAAAAGAGCCUGUAUUCUUCAGCAAGUUUGCAAAUGCCAUUAUUGGUACUGGUGACCCAAUAAUACUAAACAGUGAAGUAAAGGAGUUGGAUUAUGAAGUAGAGCUUGCAUUUAUCAUUGGAAAAAAAGGCAAAAACAUCAAGGAAGAAGAUGCAAUGAAUCAUGUUGCUGGAUAUACUGUAGCACAUGAUGUUUCAGAAAGAUAUUGGCAAUUGCAAAAAAAUGCUGGGCAAUGGUUUCUGGGAAAGACGUUUGAUACCUUUUGUCCUUUAGGACCAGCUUUAGUGACUAAGGAUUCUGUUUCAGAUGUAAACAAACUUGGGAUACGAUGUUGUGUAAAUGGCCAAGUAAGACAGGAUUCUAAUACAGAAAACUUGAUCUUCAAAAUACCAACAAUAAUAGCCUUUGUUUCCAGGCUAUGUACACUUAAAUGUGGGGAUGUCAUUCUGACAGGAACACCCCCUGGUGUUGGUGUCUUUAGAAAACCACCUAUAUUUUUGAAGGACGGAGAUGUUGUACAGUGUGAAAUUGAUGAAAUUGGCUGUAUUAAGAAUCAGAUACAGACUGAGUGAACUCACAUGAAGACAAAACCUGAUCUUCUAUGUAUGUAUUAUCUUGCAUCCCCAAAUGACCUUAGUCUUUCUUCUAGAGAAACGAAUGUUUAUUAAAUUGACUAUAGCAUUAAAGAAUAGCUUAAAACCCAUAAAAAAGCUAACCCAUUAAAAAUAUAAUCUACAUUAAUAUGUGGUGAUUGACAGGCAGUCAUUAUGGUAGGGAAAAAAAUAAAUAACAUGUCAUACUUGGAUAUAGCAUUGAACAAAGAAGAAUCGUCAUUUAAAUCGUUAAAAUUAAUUAGUUUGAUUGAAGCAAACAAAUUCAAUACUAAAUUCAAGUAAUAUAUACCAUACCCAGAGUGCAAAGAACAGACAACAUGGACUUGUUAUAGGCACAACUUAAUUCUUUUGUAAUUUUUUCUGUAUGUUGACACAACAUCAGCAUACUGAUGUGCAGAAUAUACUAGGGCCAUUUAAGGUUAUUCCCUUACAGCAAACAUGCAGUGUUCAUUUCUUAUCCAUUACUGACCUUCUUAGCUUAUUGUUUGCCUAAUAAACUUUACGCAAGUAGAGUGAA